AUGACAUCACUAGUCUCAUACAAAAGCUGAACAAGUGUUACUUUUCUAGGGCAGGACAGAAGGAAAGUAGGAAAAGUCAGUGGUAUCUAACUUCAUCAUGUCUAUGGACGAAAACAAAACAAAUGCUGCUUUCCUAGAGACUGAUCAGGAGAAGCAGAGUGUAGUGAGUAGGGUGGCCAAUCUGCCACUGGUCAGCUCUACCUAUGACAAGGUUUCUACUACAUACACUGCCACUAAAGAAGACCAUUCACUCAUCAAGUCAGUCUGUGGUGUUGCAGAGAUAGGAGCAAAGACAAUUGCUACUGCUGCAGUUGGUGGUGUACAACCAAUUCUGACCACACUUGAACCUCAGAUUGCAGCAGUAAAUGAAUAUGCCUGCAAAGGACUGGACAAGCUGGAGGAGAAACUGCCAAUUCUUCAACAGCCAGCUGAUAAGGUGAUCUCAAGCACCAAGGAGCUAGUAUCUUCCACAGUAACAGGCACCAAGGAUGCAGUUGUCAGUGCUGUCACAGAAGCAAAGGAUGUAGUAACUGGAAUAAUGGGCAAGACAAAAGAAACUGUGCAGGGUAGUAUGGAUGCCACCAGAUCUGUAAUGACUAGCAGCAUGAGUGCUGUCAUGGAAUCCAGUGUGGGGCAGAAGGUUGUGAGCAGCAUUGACACGUUGCUGGGGAAAUCAGAGGAACUGGUGGACUUCUACCUCCCAAUAACAGAUGAAGAAUUAGUUAAGCUUGCAACAUCUCUGGAGGGGUUUGAAGUGGCCUCUGUAGAGCAGCAGAGACAGCCAAAGAGUUACUAUGUGCGUUUGGGUUCCCUUUCAACCAAACUCCGCCAACGAGCCUACCAGCAUUCCCUGGGCAAGGUGAAACAAGUUGGACAAAGCACGAAGGAGGCUCUCUUCCAGCUUCAGCAAACCAUUGAUCUGAUUGACUAUGCUAAAGAGGCUGUGGGUCCAAAGCUUCAAGAUGGCCAAGAGAAGCUGAAUCAAAUGUGGCAGGAGUGGAGCAGGAGGGAGAUGGGAGCAAGUGAGGACACAGACUCUGCAAAGCCAGAGGUGAUUGAGUCUCAGACACUGGCUGUUUCACGUAGCAUCAUCCAUCAUUUGCAGGCCAUCUGUCUCACCCUAGUAUCCAGCAUCCAGGGCCUCCCAGCCAAUAUGCAGGACCAGGUCCAGCAGAUCCUAAGUGGCCUAGAAGACCUCCAUGCUUCCUUCUCUACGGCUGCUUCCUUCCAGGAUCUCUCUAGCAGUAUCCUCUCCCAGAGCAGAGAGAAGGUGACCAAAGCCCAGGAGUCUCUGAAUGAGCUGCUGGAGUAUGUGGUACACAACAUUCCCCUCACAUGGAUUGUGGGACCCUUUGCUCCAGCUGGAGACUCUGCAGUGGAUGAUAAAGUGGAGAAGGACUAGACAAUCCUAGCUUCCUCUAGACAGAGGAGGACAACACAAGCUCUGAACUCUGCUUGUAAAGGACAUGACAGACCUAUAGGUCUUAGUCUUCAGCCUACAUUUGACAUCCUACAGAGAAGAAUCUAAACCUGUGGCUUGCAGACAACUGACAUCCAUACGUCUCUUGACCAAUUCAAUGGGUCUAGUACUCCUUGUUCUGAAACAGACUUUUUUCCAUGUUUGCAGUCCCAAAUCAAUUGUUGGCUUAGACUAUUUGCACAUGCAGGAGUAUAUGAUCAGGUCUAGUGUACAAUAGUUUAGCUGCCUGUGAGGCUCAAAGCAAAUUCCAACUUGUAACCCUAAUGCCCAAAAGUCAGUGUGUUGGUCACAAGCUGAUUACUGCAGUUUCUGGGAGAAAUAUCUCUGGCAAAAGAGCCAAUUCAGGUUGCCAUCUUGUAUUGGAAAGGAAACCCUCUACCUGUAGAGACUUAGUGCAAAAGACCAAGUUAACAAUGGCUGUCAAUCUACUAGACUCUAAAUACAAAAUAGGAUUAGACUUGAUCUCUCUCUGUAACAACUGUCUUUUUGCCUCACUUAAAAGGAAGUGAUAGGUUCUGCUUAACAUGCCACUGCUAUGUGUCAAACGAUAUUGUAUGAAAUAAAUACUACCUGCAUUCUCAAA